AGUCCCGAAGCGGGCUAGAGAAAAAAAGAGACAGAAAAAGAGAUAGAUGUAGAAGAACGAGAGGUUACGAGAGGGAGAAGGAGAUUGAAACAGUGAGAAAACGCGGCGAGAGGGUGGAGGCGCUAGGGUCGAAUCGCGGGGACCAUUGUACAGCAGUAAAACAAUAGAAACUGCAGCCACUUAACCGGCAGUAAUAACUCCGACGUUGAGAGCGGUACAUGCGGGAACAUCGACGAACGACUUUUAUUCCGUCAGGGAAUCCGUGGAAGAAGCGUACUUUCGCAUCGCUCAUCUGUCAAGAAAAAAACGUGUUUCAACUCGAUCUAUUUCGAUAUAAUUUGUGUUGGAAAGUUAAAAAACUCCGACGGUAACUUGUUGGUAGGAGAACAUCGAUGUCGUGAACGCGAAAUUGUAUCAAGUAUUCACGUGUUUUAUUCGAAUCGAACAUGAUUAAACGAUUAAACGGUGACGAAAAAUGAACUGAAAGUUGCGCCGUUUUGCACGUUCGAAUUUUCGCGGGCUAUCAGAUAUCCUGAGUUUUGGGGUGCAUAUUUAAGUUGGCAAGAUUGUUCGGAAAAUUAGGAAAGUGAACAGGUGUUUUUUGAAUGGUUUAGCGUGUCUAUGUAGACGAAGGUUUUCUGAUACGAAAGUUCUAUGAGACUUCGGUAUAUCUUGUAGUUUUUGUUUUGUUUUGUUUUUUUUUGUUUUACGUUCAGAGCGUAAUGCGGUGAUCGCGGUGCGGCUGCUGCUGCUACUCAAUUAUCACGAAAAAGUAUCGUGCGCGUGUUUGUUUUUCUUGUUGCUCUUCAUCAUGAGGACCGUGGGAAAAUUUGACGCUCGAGCAGUGUGGUGAGUGCGCGUUAUUUCAUCACGACGCUUUUUUUUUAAAUUGGGAUGUAUAUUUUUCUACUGCUCACUUAACCCGUUUGAGCAUCUCAUAUUGCAUAUGAUAAUGCGAGGGGCCUCGGAAUAACUUGGAAGACCGGUGUUAUGAAGCGGUGACACAUAAAAAUCGUUGCCGCUGGAAGUGAUAGAAAAGAACAGAAGCCGAAAAGCAAGGAGUACGAGAUAAAGAAGUACGGAGAGAUUUUGAAAAACUGGAAAAAUGCCUCAUCAGUUUGGAUUGCCAGCGAUGGCGCAUGGCAUGCAAUCGCCACCCUCACCGACCGGUGGUGUGAUGUCGACUUAUCCCAGAUUCGCGACUGGAGUUUAUCGAUCGGAUCAUCAGGAUCAACGAUUAACGAGAGAAGCAAUGGAGCGUUAUUUACGAGACCGAAGUGACAUGGUGAUCGUAAUAUUGCACGCGAAAGUGGCGCAGAAAUCUUAUGGUAAUGAGAAGCGUUUUUUCUGUCCUCCGCCAUGUAUAUAUCUCUUCGGAGAUGGCUGGAGGAUGCGACAGGAGCAAAUGUUGCGCGAGGGUGAGUCGGAGCAAUCGGCUCAACUGUGCGCUUUCAUUGGUAUCGGAAAUUCGGAUCAGGAUAUGCAACAAUUGGAUCUGAACAACGGUAAACAAUAUUGUGCGGCAAAAACGCUUUACAUAUCCGAUUCGGACAAGAGAAAACACUUUAUGCUCUCGGUUAAAAUGUUUUACGGGAGUGGCCACGACAUCGGGGUAUUCCACAGUAAAAGAAUAAAAGUUAUCUCGAAGCCAUCGAAGAAAAAGCAAUCGUUGAAAAACGCCGAUCUCUGUAUAGCGAGCGGAACUAAAGUCGCCCUUUUCAAUCGUUUGCGUUCCCAGACUGUGAGCACGCGUUAUCUGCACGUUGAAAACGGCAAUUUUCAUGCAAGUUCGACACAGUGGGGAGCAUUUACGAUACAUUUGUUGGACGACAACGAAAGCGAAUCGGAAGAAUUUCAAGUUCGAGACGGCUACGUUCACUACGGUAGCACCGUGAAGCUCGUGUGUUCGGUAACGGGUAUGGCUUUGCCGAGAUUGGUUAUUCGAAAGGUUGACAAGCAAAUGGCGAGCCUCGAGGCCGAUGAUCCUGUAUCCCAAUUGCAUAAAUGUGCAUUUUACAUGAAAGACACUGAUCAUAUGUAUUUGUGUUUGUCCCAGGAAAGAAUAAUACAGUUUCAAGCAACGCCUUGUCCCAAAGAGGCUAACAAAGAAAUGAUCAACGACGGUGCAUGUUGGACGAUAAUAAGCACUGACAAAGCGGAGUAUCAGUUCUUCGAAGGCAUGGGACCCGUCAGGUCGCCCGUAACGCCUGUACCUUUGGUGCACAGUUUGCAUCUAAACGGCGGUGGUGACGUUGCCAUGCUCGAGCUCAAAGGCGACAAUUUCACUCCCAAUCUACAAGUCUGGUUCGGCGAUGUCGAAGCUGAAACGAUGUAUCGAUGUCAGGAAAUAAUGUUGUGCGUUGUUCCUGACAUUUCACUAUUCAGGGGCGAAUGGCUUUGGGUACGACAACCGACUCAAGUGCCCGUUUCGCUGGUACGCAACGACGGUAUUAUUUACGCCACUGGUUUGACCUUCACUUACACACCCGAGCCAGGACCAAGACCUCAUUGUCCUCCCGCUGACGAAGUCAUGAGAGCUCCAAGAUCCAUACACAAUCAAGCGAGUAUGCCACCUUCGAUAGCUGAUGUACCAUGGAACACGCAUCAGCCGCCUCAAUCAGGUCUAUGAUAUUUCGCUGAUCAUCAGAAUCCCAACCAAAGCUUCCGUGCUAACUUCCCACAACAGCAACAUCAACAAGAGAUCGUAGCCACCUCGAGCGUCUUACUAUACGAGAGAAACAACGACAGCGGCUCCUACUUCGCCGAUGACGAAAGGGCCUCCAACUGUCAUCACGAAAACAGCUCGAUCAUUGAUUCCGAUUAUUCCGAUUCUUAACGUUAACGAUCCAAACUCAACGCAUACUCAUUGUUGUACGUACCCGGUUCGUCCUACGUCAAUUCCAUUUUGUUGAAUGGAAUAAUUCCAGUUAUUUAUCCCAUGAUAAAUCAAUAUCAUUUUCUUUCGAGGCUGUGUGAAAUACCGGAUCCAAUAACGAAAGUCGACGCUACAUUCGAAGUACGGAUUUGGUGGUUAUUAGAUAUCAAGAUUUUCAAAAUCAUGUUCAACAUUUUCAAUAUUUAAAUCAUUUUUUUUAUCAGUAUUUCCCGUAAUUGCAACGACAUAAUAUCUCCGAUUGAGGUAUGAAAAAUCCGAGCAAAGUUAAGACAAGAAGAAAAAUGAAACAACACAAUUUUUUCGUUAUUGUCAACGGUAUUUCAUGUUACCUACGCGUAGCUGAAGAUAAAGCUGAUCAAAUGAUUUUAAAAUAAUGAAAAAAAAAAAAUUAUUUUACUCACUGUUACACAAGUGGAAACCACAAUACGAUUCGAACAGCAGCUUUUUCCGUUUAGACAGCACCAUUUGAGACGAAUUCCUAGAGAAAUGUCGAGGUCAAGAACACGCUGCAGUUCGGGCAGAUUUUUAUCCAUCAAUUGAUAAAACAUGAGAAAAACAAUUUUGAAGAUUGAGCAGUCGUUUAACUACCGUGGGACAUUUGUGUAGCUAUACAAAUUACCAUCUUGAUCGUACUUCGAAUGUUUGUGAGUCGUUAUAAGAAGAAAAGAAUAAGAGGAAGGAAAGAAAGAACACUAAAAACUUUAUCUAUAUUAUAUUAAUUUAUGGCGGUGUGAAAAACGGUACCGUUGUUCCUCAACGAUUAUCGACAUAAUGUGCAACGACUAAAUACGAGAAGCAAAAACAGAAUUCUCAUAACGAAAAGAACUAUUGGAAGUGUGUAUUUAUCGCGUCAUUUCCAUUUUCAUCCCCGCGAUGUGGAAGAGAAGAUAUUUUAUAAAAAAAUAUAAAGAAAAAACGAAAGAAAGAAAAAAGGGAGGGAAUGGAUAGUCUGUAAGAUCACUGAAUGAUUUUAUCGGCAACCUUCCUGGUGCCAGUGAUUCGUAUGUGUGUGCAUGUUUAUGUCGCGUGUGUGCGUUUGUUGAAUGAGCGUGUGAUUUAAAGGUAAAUUUUAAUGAAGAAAAAUCUGCUAUUACGAGAGACGAAACAAUGGACUAAAAUUGCACUAUAAGAAAUAAUAUUCAUUGGCAUAAUUAUAUAGCGAGGGAAGAUCAUGAUCCUCUUCCCUCAUGAUUGUUCUCAAUUCUUAUAUAUAUUUUUUUUUCUCUAAAGAAUGAGCUCAAACAUUGACACGGAAAGUCCUGUGAAAAAUGGAGUGUAAAUAGCGUGGUAAAUAGGUUUGAUCAAGAUUUUAUGUCAAUAGCUCUCGUAUCGCGUGUAAGCUUUCAAUUUAACGAACAAACAAAUAAUAAACAACAAAACAAAACCAGAAUUAUCAAUUACGACGACUAUAAAUAGCGUAAAAGAUCGCGUAUUUGAUCUUAAUGAGCAUAAGGGAAUUUAUAUUUUCAAACAGAAUUGUACAUAUAUAUAAAAAGAAAAAGAAAAAAAAAACAAGAUUCAAACAGCGCAAGCCACGUGCAGUGAAAACGUAUGGAAAAAAAAAAACGAAAUAAAAAUAAUAUUCCGAGUAACUUAUCUUUUUUCAACAAUUGCGUGUAAAAUUGUGGAAAAUAGUUUUUUUUGUACUCCGAGGUAAAUAGUAAAAAACCCACGUACAAAGAUGAUAAUAGAAAAAAAAGAUGACUAAUUGACUAUAAAAGGAACGAAGGUACGAGCUUACCUUAAAAUACGAAUAAUAAACGAAGACACAAACGAAAACUCUGUAUAUUCUCGCAUAAUUUCUAGUAGUAGAUGAAAAGGUGAAAAUAUUCAUAAUAAUCCUUCAUCGAAGAAGGUAUAUCAAUUCACGAGGGUCAUAGAAAUGUAACGCAGAAUUUAUUAUCUCGAGAUUAAUCGAAUAUUCAACGAUAAUGAAAGGAACGUUUGUAACGAGCUUGGAAAAACGGAUAAACGAAGAAAAUUGACAGAAUAUCAGAGAAAUAAAAGAAUAGCGAAUUUUUUGUUAAAAUCA